AUGAAUCCUGGCCUCACGAAUUACAAUGCAAUUGCCGUUCAACUCUUUGCGAUUGCAGACAAAUAUGAAGAUCGCUCCGUUGACCUUCUCAAGGGAGCUUUUGAGGCUUUCCCGGGAGCGAACUGGGCGAUUUUGACCGUUCCUCGACAAGUUCAGCAUUUUCGACUUCUUGAUUAUUUCCAAAGAGCGACUCCACGAAGUUCAUUCACAACAACUGAGGUCUACAUUGUCCAUCGUGCAGUAAUCCACGAGAUCGCUUCCGUGCGACAGGCGGCCGAAACUGACUUUGAAGCAAUCGAGAGCCUUGCUCCAGAAUUUUACAAGAACAUGAAAAUGUCUUUGAUAAAUGGACAAGGCCUCAACCCAACUCCAUCGAUUGGCACGCCCGAACUUCUAUCGACGUCAUAUUUGAUGUUCGCCGGCGAGCACGCCGUUGGCGGUGUCAUCAUCGCCGCCGAGGAUAAAAUCGACGCUCUCAGAGCGAACUUCGAGAUUGAAGAUUUCGUAAACUUGGACUUGAUCGAACGAAGAGAGAAUCACAAAGUCCUGUACUGCUUCGUCGCUCCUGGUUUUCAUUCUCUUGGAAAAUUCAUGCUCUCAGAAGCGAUGCGACUUUCAGGAGCGAUAUCAACCCGUCAGAUGCGAACAGUACCGAAAAGAGAAAAGAUCCACUUCAAUGUUGAGCGAUUGGAAGAAAAUGCUCCCUGCCCCGAUGCCCUCCUUGAUUGUGAUUUUGGACUUUUGAUUCUGCCCAAGAAGCUGAUUCAAACAGAUGUCAGAAUUUGUUCACAUUCGAUAGUCAUCGUUGGCGCUUCCGAUACCGGCAUAGCGGCGAUUGAAGAAUUAGCAAUGAACAAAGGUCUUAUUUUCAAUAAUUUGACGCUCGUCUCGUCCGUAUUCGAAGAUGAUCACGAAGUCACGCUUGGCCAUAAAAAUGUAAAGGUCGAAGAAAGACAGAUUAACAACUUCGGCAGGAAGAAAUACGGACUGAACAUAUGCCUGAACCGAGUCCGUGCUACUCUGGCUGGAAUAAAUACUAACGAUCGAAAAAUUAUCCUCAGAGAUGGAUCCGAGUUGCCUUAUGAUUUACUUGUCCUCGCGACUGGCAAGCAAUACAGUGGACUUGUCGACAAUCCGAUUCGUGGUGUAGAAGGUCUAGCAUUUAGCGAGAUCGUCAACGACAUCAGCGAAGGAGACGGCAUUUUCGUCAGAAGUAACAAUAUCAAUGCUUUAGGAUUUAUUCAGCAGCUUUUGGAACGUAAAAUUCAGCCCAAUCAGAUAACGCUUGCAUGUGAAACCGACUUGGAAGAAAUUUUCGACCUCGGUGAUAUCAACAAGGAGCGCAAACUCACGAAUGGACCAGAAUUGGACAAGGUCGCUGCUCGAGUUCGAAACGAGAUGGAAGAACUUGGAGUCAAUUUGAUUGAGAAUGUCAAAGAAUACGAAAUCCUCAAGAAUGAUGGGAAGAACAUUUCAUCCGUCUGCGUUGGCGAUACCGAAUAUGAAUGCAAGCAUUUGGUCGAUAUGCUCGAGAAGUCAGUCUCGAAGACUGUUUUCAGCGCGCUCAACGAUGCCUGUCUAGUCUACGAUGGCGCCCUUGUCAUAGACAGUACUUUCUGCACAUCGAAUGAAAAUAUUAUGGCCGCUGGACCAAUGACCAAAUAUCAACGAAGACUUUACGCAGAUGAUUGGGUUCACGAGAAAUUCAAUUCAGCCGAAGUUGGCAAGGCCGCUGCUGCGCUCAUUUUGGAUCGUGUUCUCGGGCGUAUUCCUAAGCCUGAUGUAUCUGUUCCAGUUUUCAAGGCGCCAGUUGUCACUUCUUGCAAACUUGUUGGCGGAAGACAUUAUCUAAGUUGCAAAGCGACAUAUUUUGAUCGACUUGCUGAUGGAAUGAAACAAGGACAAGCUCGUUGGAUGGUCACUUCAAAUGACGAAUGCGACUCAAGAAUUCAUUUGAAUCCAUUUGGCGUCGUCGAUGGAAUGAUCUUUGUCUCUCGAGAGCCUCUCAAUGUCGAGAAUGUCAUCAGAAUUUUCGGGCUCCACGAAAAGUACCUCAAGGAUCUUGUUUCUCGAUUUGACGAAGAGCUCAUUCCUUGCCUCUAUGAACACAUUACCAGUCCCUUCUUCGAUGUUAUUUCGCACGAUAGAUUCAAGGACUUGGUCCAGCAGCUUGAAGAUCUUAUCCCACUAGAUAAUGCCGACAUCAAGCCAGGAACUUCGAAAGAGCUCACAGAAAAGUACUCGGGAGAUAUCGACCGGACUAUUUUGAAAUUUAUCAAGGACAAUCAACAGCUUCUGCCUAUGUAUCAUCUUCCUUGA